AUGCGUGGCGCAGGGUUCGACGGCAGCUCGGCGCUGGCGGCGUGCUGCGGGGAGCGCGGAAGCUACAGCUACAACGCCACGGCGGCGUGCGGCCUCCCCGGCGCGGCGGCGCGCGCGGCUCCGGCCGUCCAUGGCGGCAAACAAUGGGCCUCCAUUCGAGUGAUAAUGGGCUUCGAUAACAAACGGUGGGCUGAGUUCGAUUGGCCCAACAACACUGCCACUUCACCUCCUCAACCCAAUCCUGACCGCAGCUUCCCGAUCCAACGGCUUGAAAUGCUCCAGGCCUGGACGGUAGAUGGAAUACCGUCCGGGGGAGACGCCGAUGGCACCUUCAGGCAGCAGACUACUGCCCUUGAGAGGUGGAAUGGAUACAUCAACCAAGGAAGGAGGAGGGCAAAUGAUCGGGUGAGGCGAACAGAAAGAGAAGACAGCAUUAGGCGAACUGUUUAUGUAUCUGAACUUGACCAUGCAGUGACGGAGGAGAGACUUGCUGAUAUCUUUGCUACCUGCCUACCUGUUGUUGAUUGCAGAAUUUGUGGUGAUCCCCACUCAGUUCUUAGGUUUGCAUUUAUUGAGUUCUCUGAUGAGGAGGGUGCAAGAACUGCACUUAACCUUGGAGGGACAAUUUUUGGUUUCUACCCUGUUAGAGUCUUGCCUUCAAAGACAGCUAUCUUACCUGUUAAUCCAAAGUUUCUUCCCAGAACGGAAGAUGAGAAGGAAAUGGUUAUGCGAACUGUCUAUUGUACAAACAUAGAUAAAAUGGUUACUCAAUUAGAUGUAAAGAAUUUCUUUGAAGGACUUUGCGGUGAGGUCUCUCGGUUGAGACUUCUAGGGGAUAAUGUACAUUCCACAAGGAUUGCUUUUGUUGAGUUUGUUCACGCUGAGGGUGCCAUCAUGGCUCUGAAUUGCAGUAGGAUGAUUUUGGGAACUCUGCCUGUCAGGGUGAGCCCUUCAAAGACUCCAGUGAAGCCACGUGUAAAUCGAGUGGGAUCUAACUGACACUGCGUAAGCCAAACUGGAUUGUUCACGGGAAGGGAUCACCAUAAGCUUAAGGCUUCCGUGAUCCAGUGCGUCAGGAUGCAUUGGCUUACAUUCUUACAAACAUUCUCUUUGUACCCUUUUGCAAACCUAUGGGAAAGGAACUGGUUAAAUCAGACCCUUUUAUAGCUUGCAUUUGGUUCUCAUGUUUCAUUCGUCCUGAUGGAACUGUCAUUAGGCAACCAGCCAUCACAGUAAUUUCUGUUCAUUGUUCCUGCUGUUAAACUAAUUGGCAUUUAACGUCGGACCUAU